UAUAGGGCUUUUUCACCUUAUUUACCUUUGAAAACAAAUCUGACGGAUCGCACUUGACCAAUGAGUUUGCUAACCGUGAUAAAGUUUAUAGUGGUUCCUCCAUAAAACCGUUAUUUAUAGGUUUCAGCUGUUGCCACCGCAGUUUGACCUUGUGGAUUUCAACAUCCAGAUAUUAAUUAAGUGAACUGGAAACUUUAUUAAAAACCGAAAGACAUCCGCUUUAUCUCUAAGAAGCUCUUUCUUCGUUAUCACCCAGCCGGCUUGGUCAUCGGUGAUAAGACCCAAAAAAAAAAAACGAAAAACGAAAAAAAAGUACAAUCAUCCUUCUCAACUGACACGUAACAUGGAUGACAUAGUUCCCGAUGUGUUGGAUGCCGUCCCCGCUGGCACUGUCCAGGUUUCCUAUGCCGAAAAUGAGGUGAGCCAAGGUAAUGAGCUGACCCCCACUCAGGUGAAGGACACGCCGACCGUCCAAUGGUGUGCCUGUGAAGGCGACAAUCUGUACACCCUGCUCAUGGUGGAUCCCGAUGCUCCUUCGCGGCAGGAUCCCAAGUUCCGUGAGAUCUUGCACUGGGCAGUGGUCAAUAUCAAGGGUAGCGACAUCACCACUGGUUUUCCGCUAGCGACCUAUGUUGGUUCUGGUCCCCCGCAGGGCACUGGCCUCCACCGGUAUAUUUUUUUGGUCUAUCGCCAGGAGAAUAAGAUCGAGGAGGGAGAAACUAUUCCCAACAAUGUUCGUGCCGGACGCCUGAACUUCAGCGCUCGCCAGUUUGCCGCCAAACAUGGAUUGGGGGAUCCCAUCGCCGCCAACUACUACCAGGCCCAGUACGAUGACUAUGUGCCUAUCCGCAACAAGACCAUGAUCGGCUAGGAUUUUGCAUAUAUCAUCACAGAGCAGAACUUUCUAUUCCAAACCGAUAAUAAUAAAGUCGAACCAUUCGCUUAUCUCACUAUCUAUGCGUCGAGGUAUUAGCAGUAAAGUGCACGGAACUGAUUAGGGAAACGUCCAGGUUGCGACGAUAAAAGGCUGGUGCUCCGGGUUCCGGGCCAGAGUUACCUCGCAGAAGCAGAAGGAACCACACUAGCUAACAUGGACACCGCUGGCAUCAUUCCCGACAUCAUCGACGUCAAGCCCGCCUCCAAGGCCACCAUCACCUACCCCUCCGGUGCUCAGGUGACUCUCGGCAACGAGCUGACGCCCACUCAGGUGAAGGACAUUCCCACCGUUGAGUUCGAAGCCGAGGCCGGAUCUCUGUACACCCUUCUGCUGGUGGAUCCCGAUGCACCCAGCCGUGCCGACCCCAAGCUCCGUGAGCUGCUCCACUGGCUGGUGAUCAACAUCCCCGGCAACAAGGUGUCCGAGGGCCAGACCAUCGCCGAAUACAUUGGCGCUGGACCCCGCGAGGGAACCGGCCUGCACCGCUACGUGUUCCUGGUGUUCAAGCAGAACGACAAGAUCACCACCGAGAAGUUUGUCUCCAAGACCAGCCGCACCGGACGCACCAACGUCAAGGCCCGCGACUACAUCCAGAAGUACAGCUUCGGCGGACCCGUUGCCGGCAACUUCUUCCAGGCCCAGUUUGACGACUACGUGAACACUCUCCUCGAAACCGUCAAGUAAUCUGGCCAUGAACUGAUCAGCGAUCUGUGAAAUAAUAAAUAUUAAAUACUAGUUUCCAUAACAAA